AUGGCCGAUACCCAAGAACGAUCCCGAAUCCACACCCUCAUCAGGGAAUUUGGAACCGGCAUACCAGGCGAGGUUGCUGACCAAGUCAUCGACACCCUCAUCCCUCAAACAUCAACCGACAUCGCUUUCCUGGGCGACCAUGCUGUGGCCUUCAAGAACCAAGCUGUCAUCCAGUUCGUCGACCUGCCCUUUGAAUUCAUCGACACCACUUUACAAGCACGUUUUGCGGCUCGCUUGCGACACCGACUUCGCAACCGACCUCUUGUGAUUAGAACCAGCCUGGACUACAACAUCGCGCGAUACAACUACACCCACAUCCAGGUGGACGCCAACCUUGAAGACCUGGCUAAGCUGUCGCCCCACCUGCCUGUGCGACCGAUCGAACCUGUUUUCCAGCUCACCCGAACCUGGAUUGGAACCUUGGUUGGUUUCCUUGUUGAGAUCAACAAAGUUCUCAACCCAACCGCCGAUCAGCCCUUCCGUCACUCAGGUAUGAACAAGCUCAAGAACGAUUUCAUUCAAUGGCUCCAAGCCGUCAUGGUCGUACAUGCUCGAGGUCUUCAUGUCCCGCCUGUUUGGUAUGAACACUACGCCACGAGGAUGGACGACAUGAUUCGCCAGGUAUCUACCCGGUUCGCGGUCAACCAAGGCCUUCUGCUCCAGUUAGAGUUACCACAUAUGGAUGACGUUCCUUGCAACGUGCUAGCCGACCUCACCAAGGACAUCCAGAUCAUCAACCACUACACAACACUUGAUAUGACAGUUGCGAUUCGCGUACCCAAGAGCUCCUACUAUUCCUAUCGAAAUUGGUUGGAUGCAGCGGAAAUGAUUCCUCGUGUCAACUGGGAUUUGAAGGCUGCCGAUGGUUCGGUACCGGUUGGCGGUGAGAGUGAGUACGAUUAUUACUUCGAAACCGGAAAAUAUUCCUGGGAGAGGAUCACCUGGGAGAGGGACAACAACAUGGAGGCAGAAUCAGAUGAUGAAGAGGAUGGCAUGGAGGAGGAUGAGAGUGAAGAGGAGGAGGAAGAGGGUGAAGAGGAGGACGGUGAAGAGGAUGAGGAUGAGGAGGACGAGGGGGAUGAAGAGGAUGAGGAGUAG